UAUAUUUCGAAUUCAAUUUUCCUGUAAAUUGAAGACUUGGCCUUUAAAUGUUGUGGCAGCUGCCACCUGCGUGUCAGCCAAUAGCGUCACACGGUUUGUUUGAAUAUUAAACGUGACAGGCGUUGUGAUUGGCCAGUAGAAAAGGUCACGUGCUUCAGAGACGUUAUGCUGUCAUGGUUACUAUGAAAGACGCUUUGUGAGUGAGGUAGUGCCGUCGAGCGUUGCCAUAUGGACCACCGAAUCACGGCAAGGAAAUAUAAAAAAAUUAUGUAAAAGAAAAGAAGAAAAGGGUGAAAAGUUCUAAGGAGAAUGUAGCGCGAGGAGUUCCCACCACGUGGGGAGCGUUCUAGAAACUUUCCAACCCUCAACAGGAUGACAACAACACAGUAGUGUUGGCAUUCUUCAAGAUUUUCCAAUUCCCUCGUGCUGGAUCUCACAGCACCCUGCGAUUAACAUGAGGAUACAAGAGCAGCCGGAUGGCGCCAGGAGGCGUCUGGAUCUAAAUGCAGCCAGCGAGCUCAGGGGCGUGGAGAUCAUUCGUGGUCGGGCCGGCUACGGUUUUACAAUCUCGGGGCAGAAACCGUGCCUCUUGAGCGGCAUCAUGGAGGGGAGUCCUGCCCACUUGGUGGGUCUCAGACAAGGGGACUGCAUCAUGGCCCUCAAUGGAACUGACGUGUCCACUGCUUCACAUGAAUCCGUGGUGCAGUUGAUCGGCAGCUGUACGGGCCCCUUGCGUUUGCUUGUGCUCGCUGAACGUCGAAUUAUGGGCAAUCCCAUCCUUAAUGAUGCAAAAUUCGACUUUGCGCAGAAGAGCAGUGCUUUCCAGAAGGCGAGUGUUCUCCGGACUAUAUCGGAUGAUUCCAGCAAUUCUUCGUUUCACUCUCCUCCGGCGGUCACGGCGAAGCAGAGGCCGGUUUCGGAGCCCGACAUGUCUCAGUGGUCACAACAGUGGAGUGUUUUAGCAGGCCAUCCAAAGUUGUACGUAGAGACGGUAGCGGACACGGAUUCAGUUUUUACGGACACAGAAGAAGUACGUCGACACUGGGCCGUUUUAAAUAUGACUUUAGUGGUUGGCUACUUGAGCUCCACAGAGCUGAUUUUGAAUCCUAGAGAUUCUGAGGAUGCCUGUUUGAAAGCCAUUCGGGAGAGAAUCCGACAACUGGGCACGGAGCAGAAUACCCACACCCUGGUGAUGAUGAAGAUCAUGUUUGAUUGCAUUCAGCUGUGUGAUGACGCAGGAGCUGUUUUGGCUGCUUUUCCUGCUGAGAACCUUGUUCUAGGAGCAGUGUGCACCGAAGACCCUCGUUUCUUUUGCUUAGUCACUACAGCUCACAUUAUCAAUGGCCGUGUCCCUGAGGACGGUCUUUUACGGGCCUCUUGUCACGUGUUUUUUAUUGAUCCAGAGCUUGGAAACCACGAGGACCACAAAGGGAUUGCUGGCCGCUUUGGUUUUAACUGCACCCCAGAUCCAGAUGCCUUUGGCUGCUUGGAGUUCCCUCAGACCCCCCCAGAUGUCCUCCACUUUGUUACAGUUCUUUACAGUGACCUGGGGGAGGUAGUGGAAAGGCUCAGAUUCAAACUGGACUCAGAGGCCCAGCAGCAAGCCAAGGAGAAUGACAACACCAGAAAACAAGGCAGUGCUAGCAGCAAUGGGGACAGUGGUAUUGGAAAUGCUUCUCCCCCUGAAGAGAGAGCUGACAGGGAUUUCCCUCCAGAAAUCCCAAACCUUUCUGGGGCCCACCUCCCCAGCUGUCCAUGGGAUUACCCUCAGAUUGAAGGCCUCACCCCAAUAAACCUCUCCAAGAGUGGCCAAAUGCUUAAUCUAGAGACCAGUGCCAGCACACACUCCCUUUCAGAAUCUCUACCUGGUCCGGAUUCUUUAACCAGCUUUUACGGCGGUCCCCCACCCAGGCUAGAGUUCCAGUUUAAGCCUCCACCUCCUCCUCUACCUUUGACUAAGAAACCAAACUUUUUGGCAGAUCCACUAAGAAGCAGUCAAAGGUGGUUCUCAAAGCCAAAGUGGGCUAAAGGCCUAAAUAGUGAUUCUGUACCUCAAGAGACAUCCACCAACAACUGUGCAUCAAACACCCAAGGCAUGACUCAUAACCCACCCCCUCCAAUGAGCCAAAGAGCCCCAGAUAGGUGCUAUUCCACAGAGGCCAUGAUGCCUCCCAGGGAGGAGUGGACCAAAAGGUUUCUUGAGCAGAGACAGAAACCGAGGACGGAUGGCAACAGCAAAAAUGGAUCCAGAUUUUGGGGUAUGGGUGUUGUCCGCGCCUCCAAACGUCGCUCAUCCAAACGCCUCAGCAUGGCACGCUCUCUGGAUGAUCUUGAGGUAGGCAUGAAGUUUUUGUACUUGCUCGUGUGUUCAUGUGAGAAAAGGCUUUUCUGUUUGUUGGGAAAAUGCGCUUGACUCAUAUUUUUAAAGCUUUAAGGUCUUUCUUUAUUUCACAGAUCUUUAUGGUUGCAGCUUUGGUUAAUUUUGGUGCCAGUUCCUUCCUAGAGGAGGUUCUUUUUUUUUUUUUUUAGAAAUGAUCUAAAUUAGGCCAACAGUAGAGAGGUUAACUCUACCAGCCUUCUGCGAUUGGGCGUGUUGAGCUACUUUGGACGAAGGCACGGCGGCGGCCGCUGCAAUCUUUGAGCAGGUGAAGGAGGAGGUGCUUGUAAAGAAGAUGGUGCAACUGCCUGUUCUGUGGACCUGUUUCUGUUUUCUUUUCUUUUGUUCAAAGUGCAGUCUGUCAUUACUUAUUCCUAGCUCGUCUCCUACAAUGAAUGCGAUUGCUGUUGUGACACCAAACUUUCCCCACUGAUGGACAAUAAAUGUCUACAACUUUCAAGAUGGACAUCACAGAUAAAUCACCCUUAGAAAACGAGUAAAUUACCCUAAGUCCGUCCGUUUCACUUGCCUGGCCUGCCAGACUAGAGGACGAGUCUGGAUGCUCACGGGCAGAGAGCACCAAGAGGGGUGGGACUAGCCAGCUCAAAAAUAACCAAUAAGAAAAGAGGUGAAAAUGAUGACUGUAUCGUGUGAUGCUGUAGUUUUUUAGCUGUAGACAAUGAUGGCGAGGACGCGAACAUCUUUCUUUAGAAGAAAGGCUUUUAGCACAUCUUCUUGUGGUUUUAAAGACAUGUCCAAUUCGUCAGAACAGAGGAGAUAGCUGCAGCGAACUCCUCUGUACCGGGCGUUACCAUGCCAACGGCAUGGCUGGCCAGGCUACCGUUUUACAGAAAUUGAGCAAGAAGUCAACGUAGUUGAAUAUUUUCUAAAUUCGACCAUCAUUUACUAAAGAGACAUUUUCAGUCCUAAACAGGGUGGGUGGUAAGCUUCGCUAAGCCUUUAUCCUCUGUCACAGCCUGCCAUUCAUCUUUAUCUUCAUUAUUGGUGGAACGUGCAGAAGUUAACUUGGACAUUCAGCUAACCCCACACACACACGCACGCACGCACAUGCACACGCACACACACACACACACACACGCACACAGCUAAUCCUUACCUUCUACCUUGAACUCAGUUUGCUGUCACAAACGACAGGUGGCUCCCCACAAAGUGGUCUUUGUGUGAGCCAGAGGCACUGGCCUGUUGGUUUGGACUCGCUAACGAGCGCCACUGCACCUCUGAAGGUUGUGCUAACAUUCCCUCGUAUAAACGUCACUUAAAAAUGCUCUUUCUCCAGUUGUCCCUGCAUGCAUGCGUUACUCAUGCACUCUUGAUUUAUGUUCACAAAUACUCACAGUUAGGAAUGUUGUAAUGGCUUUGGGUGUACACGAAGAAACUGGAACAGCAACCACAUGAUUGCAUGCUGGAUUGUACAUCUGCACAUGAGUCAAACAACCAAAUAGCACCAAUUUUCACUCAAAGAGUUAGACCUCAAAUCAGCCCACAGAUUUAACUCGGCAUCGACUAAAGAGUGCUGUUGUUGAAAGCUUUGUACUUGGAGCAGGUCUGCUCCAGAUGUGCAACAAAUGACUCAUUUAUUCUGUUAUCAUACAUUUAUCACUCUGACCUCAAGCUUGAAUUGUUUUCUUUUACAUAUUUUUUACACGUUUGUGUUAUUUUAAAAAAAUGCACCACUCUCAGAUGGUUGAUUAUUUUUAUUUUUGCUUCAGUGGCUUGAAUGUGACGAACAGGUCCGACACUCGGACUGCUAAUUUUUAUUUUGGCAUUAUCAGUCAUCAGUGUUAGCUUAGAAACUAAGAAUUUUCUGCGUAGUUAUAUGUGCUGCUCAGAUUUCCUUUAAAGUACCAGCUGCCACUUCAAUCAGCGAGAGGUAAAAUUACUUCUGAGUUUAUGAUCACACCUCCGCAGGAAUGUGGGGCUUUUUUAGGAAUUGUUUUCACACCUUGAGAUUAUUCCUGUUUGUUCUUUGAUAAAUAUAAAAAAUGUGAGUGGCUGCUGAGAGCAGCCCUGGCUAAGAGGAAAGCUUUCUCGUUGUGUUGCAUUGAGUUCUGCGUCUUACACCUUUAGUUUGUUGUGUUAGAUAAGAUAAGAUAAUCUUUUAUUAGUCCCACAAAUGGUAAAUGUGCAUUGUCACGGCAGAAAGAGCUAAUUUCCAAAGAAACACACACAACUUACACAACGUCAUGAAUGUUUGUUUUUGACCUUUCUCUGCUAUCAGAACUUGGCUAUUGCACAGACGGUAGAAAAAAAUAAUCUAAAUAUUGUAAAUAAAUGGAUAGACUGUAAGCAUGCACAUUUUCCAAAAUUUCUUUAAGCAUUAAUUGAUGCCCUUAAUGGUUAAUACAGUGGUGUGAAAAACUGUCUGCCCCCUUCCUGAUUUCUUAUUCUUUUGCAUGUUUGUCACACAAAAUGUUUCUGAUCAUCAAACACAUUUAACCAUUAGUCAAAGAUAACACAAGUAAACACAAAAUGCAGUUUUGAAAUGAUGGUUUUUAUUAUUUAGGGAGAGAACAAAAUCCAAACCUACAUUGCCCUGUGUGAAAAACUAAUUGGCCCCUGAACCUAAUAACUGGCUGGGCCUCCCUUAGCAGCAAUAACUGCAAUCAAACGUUUGUGAUAACUUGCUACAAGUGUUUUACAGCACUCUGGAGGAAUUUUGGCCCACUCAUCUUUGCAGAAUUGUUGUAAUUCAGCUUUAUUUGAGGGUUUUCUAGCAUGAACCGCCUUUUUAAGGUCAUGCCAUAGCAUCUCAAUAGGAUUCAGGUCAGGACUUUGACUAGGCCACUCCAAAGUCUUCAUUUUGUUGUUCUUCAGCCAUUCAGAGGUGGAUUUGCUGGUGUGUUUUGGGUCAUUGUCCUGCUGCAGCACCCAAGAUCGCUUCAGCUUUAGUUGACGAACAGAUGGCCGGACGUUCUCCUUCAGGAUGUUUUGGUAGACAGUAGAAUUCAUGGUUCCAUUUAUCACAGCAAGCCUUCCAGUUCCUGAAGCAGCAAAACAACCCCAGACCAUCACACUACCACCACCAUAUUUUACUGUUGGUAUGAUGUUCUUUGUCUGAAAUGCUGUGUUACUUCUACGCCAGAUGUAUCGGGAUAUUUACCUUCCAAAAAGUUCAACCUUUGUCUCAUCAGUCCACAAGGUAUUUUCCCAAAAGUCUUGGCAAUCAUUGAGAUGUUUCUUAGCACAAUUGAGACGAGCCCUAACGUUCUUUUUGCUUAACAGUGGUUGGUGUCUUGGAAAUCUGCCAUGCAGGCCAUUUUUGCCCAGUCUCUUUCUUAUGGUGGAGUCGUGAACUUUGACCUUAAUUGAGGCAAGUGAGGCCUGCAGUUCUUUAGAAGUUGUCCUGGGGUCUUUUGUGACCUCUCGGAUGGGUUGUCUCUGCGCUCUUGGGGUAAUUUUGGUCGGCCGCGCACUCCUGGGAAGGUUCACCACUGUUCCAUGUUGUUGCCAUUUGUGGAUAAUGGCUCUCACUGUGGUUCGCUGGAGUCCCAAAGCUUUAGAAAUGGCUUUAUAACCUUUACCAGACUGACAGAUCUCAAUUACUUUUGUUCUCAUUUGUUCUUGAAUUUCUUUGGAUCUUGGCAUGAUGGCUAGCUUUUGAGGUGCUUUUGGGCUACUUCUCUGUCAGGCAGCUCAUAUUUAGGUGAUUUCUUGAUUGAAACAGGUGUGGCAGUAAUCAGGCUUGGGGGUGGCUACAGAAAUUGAACUCAGGUGUGAAACACCACAGUUGGGUUAUUUUUUAACAAGGGGGCAAUUACUUUUUCACACAGGGCAAUGUGGGUUUGGAUUUUGUUCUCUCCCUAAAUAAUAAAAACCAUCAUUUCAAAACUGCAUGUUGUGUUUACUUGUGUUUUCUUUGACUAAUGGUUAAAUGUGUUUGAUGAUCAGAAACAUUUUGUGUGACAAACAUGCAAAAGAAUAAGAAAUCAGGAAGGGGGCAAACAGUUUUUCACACCUCUGUAGUUGGUGAACUGUAAGCUCUUCGUCCAACCCCCUGAUACACAUGCACAAGCAUUAGCCCCCGCUCCAUAAAUAAUACCAACGCCUUUUCCAUCUACUCCUUUAAUGUUAUGGCAGCUAUUGUGCCAGCACGAUAACAGAGCUGCCAACUCUCACACUACUCGCCCUGCGGUCUUAAGCAAAGUGCACUAGGAGAAAGUGUGCAGUAAGACUUUGAGUGCGUGGUACACAAGUGUGCAAAUAAUUGCCGAAUUGAGACGGGGAGCAUUGCAUCAUCUAUCGCAACGCAUGCCGGGAUGCUGGUCGCUGUGAUACUUAACCCUCUGGAGGCAGGCGUUGCAGAUGUGCAACAUUAAAACCUACCUACCUGGUUACUCCACAUACGUGUUUCAUGAGCAUGUUUUAACUCAGAAGUUCCCCUGAAGGACUUAGUUGUUCGUCCGUUUAUCAAAACUUAUUUUGAGCCUCAGAGGGUUAAAAAAAACUUCAUUAGCAACUUUGAAACAAACAAUCAAUUACUUGGAAUAAUUUUACAUUCGUUGCUGCUUUAUCUAAAAGUUUUAGAGCAUCAAAUAAUCGUCCUAAAAUGAACUAAUUUCAUUAGAAAAUACAUAUUUUCAGAAAAGAACUUGAGCCUGCUCUUCUGCAGCAAUGGAUUGUGGGUAAUACACUUCACCCAAGUCCGCGUCGAUGCAAACUUGGGUGAAGUGCGGAUCUAGGGCGCAAAAGGGGCGUGAUCAUAUUCCGCACUUGAGAAUCAGGACAUCCUACGCACUCACGCCCCUGGUCGGGAUCGUGCAAUCGAUGGAAGCAAGUGUGGAAG